GCUACAUUCAACAUAUUCGUCUCCGCCUUUUUCAAAAAUGGACGUUAAACAGAGGAACCUCUGUUUACUGCUUAUUUUCGGUACUAUAUUAGUCCAUGGUCAACGGAGGGAGACUAAUUCCGUUGCAUAUUCGCCAUCAUAUACACAGCCUCGACCUACGACAGAUACAGAUGGCGCUAUUUACCAAAAAACGGUCAACGGUGUGUCCUUUAAAAUUGUUUCGAUGUGCCAGGAAUUUGACACUGUAUUUAAACCAGGAAUAAUGGAGUUUAAAACACUUCAAGGAGGAUGUAGAUUUGUUGUAACAUUCGAUAGGAGUUUGCCCACAUCACAAACGAUAUACACCCCUAGUGCUAGACCAGUAUACAACCAGUCACCACCGAGGAGAUAUUAUCAAUCGCAAGCAGCAGAACGGGUCGAUCCGUACUAUCCGCCACCCAAAGCACCUGUACAGCCACCACCACCACAAGAGAUACGUUACGCAGAACCAGCAGUUAGACAAGUAGUCAGGGAAAGAACCUAUGCAGCCCCACCGCCACCUCCACCUGCGCAACAAUAUUCACCCCCUGAGCCUACAAUUCGAUAUGUACCAACCCAGCAAUCGGCACCUGCUACGCCACCACGAAAUCAACAGCAAACUUAUAUUCCACGAUUAGCAGCUCCACCAACUCGAGUAGCUGCACCACCACCACGAGUAGCUGCACCACCACCACGCGUAGCUGCACCACCACCACCACCACGCGUAGCUGCACCACCACCUAGGGGACCCCCAUCACAAAGGGCAGGUCCUCCCCCUCCACAUGGUACUCCGUAUUCGUCCGCUGGUGCUCGUCCACAACCUGGGAACGAUCCUCGCAGAUUAGACCACUUUCAAAUGGAAGCAUUAGGAUUAAGACAGCUCCAUGAAGGACCGCCACCACCAACACCUCCACCAUCAGAUGCACCCAUUCCUCGUAUUUAGAGUUUUGUAAUAAAAUCACCCAAGGCAACGGGUAUUCGUAACUUUUUGUGGGUAAUGUUCCUCUUCCCAUUGUUUUGGUAUAGUCGAGUACGUCUGCUGCCCUGAUUCCAAUAGCCGAUUUUAUUGUACAUCGUGGUAAAAAUAGAAAACAGGGAGUGGCUUACGGAUACUUUAAACGCUUCACGCGGAUAACGUCUUUUGUACAGGUUUCAGAUCUAUGUUAUAAUACCAGGGCCAUUUAGAAAGACUAUUAUUUAAAGAAUGGGCAAUGUUUAAAAGUACCAUUGUCAUGGGAAGAACUGUUUUACUCUUUUAAGCACAUAUAUAGUUUCUAUUUUCUGUAUGUCGAUUCGUCCAAGUUGAAAAUUUAUCAAUAGUUUUCAAAAUCAAAAAAGUCUACAGUGCAGUUUGCAAGGCUUGUUUUCUUACAAACUUCGUAUACCUAUAAUAGUUUUUGAAGUGAUGGGGUAAUACUUCAAAAUUGUAUCCAGUUAUCUUGAAAUGAGUUUCAAAUGUUACGAAAGAUUGGUUCUCAAAUGCCAAUCUUUGUUAUUAUGUAUAAUAAUUAUUAUUGGUUUUGGUUUGUUGUUUUUUUUAAAAAAAUCCGAUCAUAGAUUUUCUUUAAUUGCUUACUUCGAGGUCAAGAGAAUAUCUAACUAAUAUGUUAAACCCUAUCUACUUACUUAUGAUAUAACCAAUAUGUGUCUAGAAUUUGAAUAAUGUCAUUGUCUUAAGAGUUUUUAGUUGUUUACUUCGACAUCAAGAGAUUAUUUAACUUACUUUUCUUAAUUACAAUAUACGCUCUUAACCCACUGCUUAAGUUGCUAGCCGUUUAAUUGAAAUCAUGUCCACUUUAAAUGAAUAGGGCUGUAACUGUAGACAUCCAGAUGUAAUUUAAUGGGCUAAAAAUAUUUUAUUUUGUAUACAUCAUUAAUCACCCUCAUUUGACAUGACAGUAGUUUAGGUGACGGGUUGUAUGUAUAUUUUAGUAGACCAUAAUCACGGAAGAACGAAUAAACCGUCACGAAAAUGUAGAGAAGUUUAAGAGAGUCAUCAAUUGCCCCUAUUUUAUGAUUACAAAGCAUUAUUAUGGGGUAUGUUUAUGGUCACAUCAAAUGAAUUGUAAUAUGCCAUUUUAUUUUGUACAAUAGCAUUAAAGCCCGAACAUGUUAGAAUAAAAUUAAGUUUAGAGUUAAUGACAGCAGACACCGUGGUUAUAAAGAUUAAGGUCAUCGGGAUGUUAAGAAAAAGGGUUAUACGCCAACAACUGUCCUGGAUUUGAAAUUGAUGAAGUCAGAAUUACUACUAGUCUUAUUCCAUAUUCAAAUCUAGUGUUGCCUCCCUUGACGAUCGGUUCCGAGGGCAUUGAAUCUUCAAGGUUUGGUUCUUGAUUAUAUUAACUGUAAAGAAUAAAAUACCAGAUGAACUAAAUAGAUAGUCGCAGAUCAACAGUUUAACCAGAAAUACGCUUAUAAAGAACAAUAUACAGAAAACAUCAUAACAUGCGACUUCUUCAAAAAAUAUAUAACAAGGGAAAACUUACCAUUUUUUUUUAAGAAUGGGUUUGUAAAUAAUGUUAUUUAAAGGCAGAAAGAAAUACGAUUGUCAACUAUAACAUCAUGUUGAUCGGGUUCUGCAUGGAUAUAAGAUUUAUUUUAAUUGUUUGGUUACAAAUAGAAAUCUGAUUAUUUGAGAAUAAAAUGUGACAA